AUGAUUGCCUUCCUGUGCUCCGUCCUGCGACAACCGAGCUUAGAACAAGACCCCAUAGCCGCCCUGGCCGCCCUCAUCCCCGGCGGCGGCGUCCCUGGUGAAGACUACCCGAUCCUGGCCUCUGUACCCGACACCGGCUUCUCCUGCGAGCAACAGGAGUUCCCAGGUUACUUCGCUGACACCGCCGACGAGGCCGGCUGCCAGGUCUUCCACAUCUGUCAGUUCGACGGCCGCCAGGACUCCUUCCUGUGUCCCAACGGCACCAUCUUCAACCAGCAGUACUUCGUGUGUGACUGGUGGUUCAACGUGGACUGUGCCGCCUCGGAACAGUUCCGUAGCCUCAACGCUGAGAUCGGCAAGAUCCCUGAAGACGCUUCCUCCCGCAGUGAUGUGGUGGCGCCCAGCCAGCUGUACGGCGCCCCCCAGCAGCGUCAAGCACCACCUCCUUCUCAGCUCUACAACAGCCCCAACAGGUCCUAACUCCCCCCCAGCACCACCCCAGCCCCAUCACAGGUGUUCGUCAGCCCCGACAUGAUCUAUAUCUCUAAAGUUUCCGUAUCAUCGCUCUCCUCCUCCACUCCUCAACAGAGACAAACUUAUUGUUAAAUUUUCUCUUCCAUCAGUUCAUUCAGUCUUCAUCUUCUACACUGGAGCUUCUGCUGUACAUAUAUUGCUGUACUCGCAAACUAUCUAUUAACUCUAUUUAUACGACCUAAAUAUACCCGAUACCUAAUAUAUAAAUCUGUAAUACAUAUCAAUAGCUGUAAUCUGCUAAUAAAACCUGCCUAUAUUA